AUUCUAUGUGUAGAUUAUAAUUCUCCGGCCUAGAAUAGGAUCGCCAUUCGCCAAUUGAUAGAGCCUGACCUAGCAAUUAGUUCUGCUAAACCCAAAUUUGUUGGUACUUAACAUCUCAAUCAAUACAUGCGAAAUGAGCCAAUAGCUGAAAUGGACGGAGAGACUACCAUUAUGCAAUCCAAUUGAGAGUUUCUGUUGCUGAAAUCGUGGUAAAACCCGUGAUGAAAUCGAAGCUUCUCUUCUUCUGCUUCUGAUUUUGUAAUCCAAGAUCACUCUUCUCUCGUUCUACACAUUAAUCCAUUCCAGAACCUUCUCUCUCUAACAACUCACCGCCAACGUUUUCGCUGUUUGCAUACUCUCAUCAUCAUCACCGUGAAGCUGUGAGACGGGAAUCGCAGUAAAGGCUCUGAUCCAGAUCUAGAAAUUGCUGGAAGAAGUGAUAACACAACACUGAUGAAUAGCAAGGGAACACUUAAGCCUUCAAGUUCUGAGUUGGAUUUCGAUCGACCCAACCUUGAGGAUUACCUCCCUUCGGGAGUUGCCAUCCAACAAGAACCUUGCGGCAAACUUCGCCUACAUGACUUGCUUGAUAUUUCUCCUACUUUGUCUGAGGCAGCCGGUGCUAUUGUAGAUGACUCAUUCACAAGAUGCUUCAAGUCAAAUCCUCCAGAACCAUGGAAUUGGAAUAUUUAUUUGUUUCCUUUGUGGUGUUUUGGAGUUUUUAUUCGAUAUUUGAUAAUAUUCCCCACAAGGGUUCUCGUGUUAACAAUAGGAUGGAUAAUAUUUCUUUCUUCCUUUAUUCCAGUGCACCUCCUAUUGAAAGGACAUGACAAGUUGAGGAGGAGUAUUGAGAGGUCUUUGGUAGAGAUGAUGUGCAGUUUCUUUGUUGCAUCCUGGACUGGGGUUGUCAAGUAUCAUGGACCGAGGCCCAGCAGGCGCCCAAAACAGGUUUUUGUGGCCAAUCACACUUCCAUGAUAGAUUUCAUCAUCUUAGAACAGAUGACUGCUUUUGCUGUUAUUAUGCAGAAGCAUCCUGGAUGGGUUGGAUUGUUGCAAAGUACCAUUUUGGAGAGUGUAGGAUGUAUCUGGUUCAAUCGAUCAGAGGCGAAGGAUCGAGAAAUUGUGGCAAGGAAAUUAAGGGAACAUGUCCAAGGAGCUGACAACAAUCCUCUUCUCAUAUUUCCCGAGGGAACUUGUGUAAACAAUCACUAUACUGUCAUGUUCAAGAAGGGUGCAUUUGAACUUGGCUGUACAGUUUGCCCAGUUGCAAUCAAGUACAACAAAAUUUUUGUCGAUGCUUUUUGGAACAGUCGAAAGCAAUCAUUCACUACACAUCUAUUGCAGCUAAUGACAUCUUGGGCUGUUGUUUGUGAUGUUUGGUACUUGGAGCCACAGAAUCUGAAGCCAGGAGAGACAGCCAUUGAGUUUGCGGAAAGGGUGAGAGACAUAAUCUCACAUCGUGCUGGCCUUAAAAAGGUUCCUUGGGAUGGAUAUCUGAAGUAUUCUCGUCCUAGCCCAAAGCAUAGAGAAAGAAAGCAACAGAACUUUGCUGAGUCGGUGUUGCGGCGCUUGGAAGAAAAAUGACUUCUACAUUUUUGUAUAUUUUUGCCACUCUCCAACCCUCUUUUCUUUCUAAUUUAAUGUCUCUAUCUAUGUUUAGGUUCAUUUAGUUAUGCGUACAUCCAAAAAAUUUGCCAAUAAAUUUUUGCUAGGAUGAACAUUUUCUUGGACAAGUAAACGAGAGGAGCUAGAUUUCAUGGAUGAAUAAUUUUGAUGUGGUUCUGUAUCCCACAGCCUUUAUUUAAACGGAUUGACAGGAUUUCCCUUUUGUA